GAUGCCUGAGCCUGCUAAGCCCGCGCCUAAGAAGGGAUCGAAGAAAGCGGUCAGCAAGACUGCAGCGAAAGGAGGAAAGAAGCGUAGAAAGACCAGGAAGGAGAGCUACGCUAUCUACGUGUACAAGGUCCUAAAGCAAGUGCAUCCUGAUACCGGCAUUUCAUCUAAAGCCAUGGGGAUCAUGAAUUCAUUUGUCAACGACAUUUUUGAGCGUAUUGCUGGUGAGUCUUCCCGUUUGGCUCACUACAAUAAGCGUUCUACCAUCACUUCACGGGAGAUCCAGACUGCCGUGCGCCUUCUCCUGCCUGGAGAGUUGGCCAAGCACGCAGUGUCUGAGGGUACCAAGGCCGUGACAAAGUACACCAGCUCCAAGUAAACUACCGCAGUGAUGCUUUACCCAAAGGCUCUUUUAAGAGCCACCCACAACAACUUGGAGGCACAAAUCUAAUUUCCUAAAACCGCUUUGUUCGAGUCGAACUUGUGUGAAUGUCGAAAUGAGUCUGUCCGUUAAUAACCAGCUUUGUGAGUCAUUGCUGCCUCC